AUGGGGGCCCAUCCCACACGUCCUCUGCGGCCUGUGUUGCGUCCUGCCGCUACUUGGCCAACUCGCCCGCCCACAAGAAGGUUCGUCCAUACUGCUAACACGGUAGAAAAAAAAAACUCUCCCCCCUGGAAAAAAAGCAAAAAAAGUAACACCAACACCUACCGUGCAUCCAUCUUCCAUGAAGAAAUAACAGACAAAGAAAAUGCGAACAACAAUCAAAGGAUAUUAAAAAUAAUUCAGAGGAGCUCAAUUACCGAAUUUAGUGUGCAGGACUGCACUCUGUUCCUCAACUACAUCAUUCGUAAUAAGAAGAGCAAACACACACAUAACGAGGUAAAGAACAUAUGUAAGGUGAAGCUGACUUCAUCUUUAUACAAAGAAGCUAUCAGCAAGAUUAUAAGCUCUGUACUUACCUAUGAAGAAAAACAUUUUUGUUUUUUUUUCCAAAAGUUUGUUGAACUAAGAGAUAUAAAUGCGAUAGAGCGCAUGCUAAUUCACAUGCACACAAAUCAGUUGUUCCGCUCCCUCACAUUAUAUAAUUUGGUUGAUAUUUUUUACAAUUUUGCUGUACUCAAUUUUGAGAGAGAGAAAAGCGAAGAGGCAUUGAAUACUGUGCUCGAUUACCUCCUCUCCAAUGUCAUUCGAACAAAUGGAUAUUUGAGACACCUCGAGAAGAAACUUAUCAACCAUACCAGUGUGCAGGGAGAAGGUGGCAAGCCUGUGUACAUACGCAGCUUUGCCAAGCGGGGACGCCAUACCGAGAGAACUUUUCCCUCCGUGAGGAAAGACAACGGGAAAAAAACAACUAACUUAACGGUGCGUAAUGGAGAUGAUCAGUCUACCACCCAGUUUGAUGUGAACUCCCUAUCUAAUGUCAUGCUGUACAAGCUAAUUUAUUCAUUAGCCAAAAUCAACCGCAAGAGAGAACACGUAAAAGAACUCCUCGUUUUGCUCAUCCCAUAUAUCCGUUUCAAACUUCAGAAUAUGGAUUACGUGUUUUCCAAAGACAGACCUGAUGUCAUCGUUAAGGUUUUGUGGGCAUAUGCAUUUCUACAAGUGAGGCACAUUAACCUUUUUCUGGAUUUCUCCCUCUCCAUUCAAGUCUCAAUAAACGAACUCAAGCUAGAUCAGCUGAAAAUUGUGAAAAACAUUUUUUUAAACUUUCUUAUUUUUGAUGAGUUGCUUUUAGAUACAUUGGAGAAACGCAUCGACUACAUGGAGCAGAAAUGUCCGGGCCCCCUUUCGCAGCCAAGGAAGAAGCCAUUUAAGAAGAAAAAAAGGAGAGUGGCGCUCACAGAUAAAAUCAAGCUAAAGUUGGAGCGGUGA